AGAUUUCCACAAAAUGGGAUUGCCGUCAGUGGCAUCCUCUUUUAGGUGGAUUGUGGAUAAUGAACUUCUCAGAAAAAAUCAUUUAACCUGCCCUGAUGGUUACAUCACUGAUAAAUUACCUGUUACUAGAGCACCAAAAGGAAAAACAGAACCUGGCUACAUCAGAGAGACGUUUAGUUUUAAACAGCAUGUUUCUUCAGGCUCACGGGACCAGAUGCCUGCAGGGAUUGCACACCUACAGAAAAUACCUGGUAGUCUGCCAAGUGUAUCUUUAUGCACAUUAACUUGGCCUUCAACUCCAGAGUCUAGCUACCAGACUAAAAAGACACGUAAGAAAACUGAUGCCUCGCAGAAGGUAGCCUGGAAAGAUAGUAAGUGCAAAGCAGAGGAAGAAAGAGAGCGUGCUUACCUUGCCAAACUUGAGAAAAGACAGAAUUACUUGAAGAACCCCCGCUUUUUCCCACCAAAUGCUCUUCAUGGAGGCAAAUCUCUUGUCAUUUCUCAAGAAAAGGUGGAACAAACUAUAGCCAGAAGAAAAGCAGAAGAUAAUAAAGGAGACACCUCAUUUGUUCCUGUGUUUCUUGCCAAUCCACCUACUGUUUUGUUUUCUGAUUAUGAAGUUGGCCAGGUUUAUGAGAUGACUAUAGAGCUGCAGAACAUCACUUCAACAUGUCAUCACGUAAGACUUAUCCCCCCCUCUACUUCAGCGUUUGCCAUUGGGCCAGGAAAAUUUCCAGGAAAGGGAGGAAUGAUUGCUCCUGGGAUGACAUGCCAAUAUACGGUCCAGUUUAUUCCUGAACAUCUAGGAGAUUAUGAGGAUUGUAUAUUAGUGGAGACUCAAGUAUCAGAACCUCUUCUGAUCCCGAUCCAAGCUAAAAGACCACCUCCAGUGUUAACAUUGCCUCACAUUAUAGACUGUGGUUCCUGCCUUGUUGGAGGAAUAAAAGUAACGAUAAUUUCAUGCAGAAAUGAGGGAUUUAGCACUGGGAAGUUCUGUAUAAUGCCAAAGAAAGCCUGGCCACCUCCGAAUUCCAGGGCUGUUGCCACUGUUGAUUUUGUGAUACAAGAUCCUUUUGGGAUCUAUCCUGCUGUUUUUGAGCUAGCUCCAGGGCAGAGUACGACAGUAGAGGUAGUGUUUUUCCCUUCUUUUCCAGAAGUCUCACAGCAAAUAUACACCAUUGUUUGUGACAGUUGCCAAGUCAAUGAUGUUACAGUCACAGGGGUUGGACAGCUGAUAGCUCUGGAGCUUGUGUUCGUCACGGGUGGAGAAAGCAAACCUGAACCUGGUGAAGUUACUGAUGUAACAGCACAGCAUCUCAUACGAUUUGACCCCCAAAACCCACACACCACCCAGGAGAAGAAACUGGUUAUAAGAAACUCUACCCACGUAGAACUUCCUUUCUACUGGCAGAUAAUAAAGCCUAAUCUGAAACCAUUAAUACCAGAAGAAACUGCAGACUUUAUGAAGCUCAAAUACACUCAAGAUACAGAGUCAGCCUUCUCCCUAAAUCUUGAGCAGGGAGUUUUGCUUCCCCAUGCUGAUCAUGAGUUUAUUCUCACUUACACUCCACAGGAGCUGAAGAGUUAUCACAGUGUGAUUCAGAUGGUACUGAGGGACAUCCCAGAAUCACCUUGUUUAGUAAAAGAGGGGAUGCUUCAAAACAUCCCAGCAUACAAAGCAGAGGAUGUAAUAGCACUAGAAAUAGAAGUUAAAGGAUCAACAGAACCAUUUCACCUUCUCCUGGAACCAUACGCCAUUAUCAUUCCUGGAGAAAACUUUAUUGGUGUAAACGUCAGAAAAACAUUUAAGAUGUGGAAUAACAGCAAAUCACUGAUCCAGUACACAUGGGAGAAAAUAAUGCCCUGUGACAUCAUGGAAGUUGAACCUCAUACUGGCAUCAUAGAUAUGAAUAAAUGCUGUGAAUUUGAACUGGCAAUUACUGGAAGCGAACCUGGGUGCAUCAGCCGUGACCUGCGGUGUAAAAUUGAACACUGUCCAGAGCCUGUUGUGCUGCAUGUUGAGGCUGCUUUUAAGGGUCCACUUCUUUGUAUUGAUGUUCCUUCACUCCAGUUAGGUUUGACUAAGCAAGGUGAGAGCGUGUUAAGAACCUUUGAGAUUAAAAAUCUGUGUCAGCUGCCAGCACAAUGGAGAAUGCAAGAAAGCCAGGUUUGUCUAGCUGAAAGGAAUGAAGAGGUAUCUCCCUUUACCAUUCACCCGUCUGCUGGAGAAAUACCUCCUUUGGGUAUAUGCAGUGUGUCAGUUCAGUUCACAUCGUUGCUGUGCCAGCGUCUCCAGACAGUAUUAGAACUAGAGGUAGAAAAUGGAGAAGGAAGUCACCUUCCUGUUUUUGUUGAAGUUCAGACCCCACAAGCGUGCCUGAUACCUAGUCAUCUAGUAUUCACUGAAAUUUACACUGGAGUUCCUGCCAAAGCAACCAGCAAACUUUUUAACCAGACACUGCUGCCAGCAAAAUACUUAUGGGGAAAGCUCAUUGGAAGUCAGGCAGCUUUCUGCUCCGUCGCUGUCUCCCCAGCCAGUGGCACCUUAGGCCCAAAUGAAGAAAAAGAAUUCUGCAUAGAGCUGUCAGCUAACGUCGUGGGUGAGCUGAAAGACCUUGCCCUUUGCUGUAGCAUAGAAGACAAGAUUGAACCCCUCUUUCUGAGCAUUUCUGGAGAAGUGAAAGGACUGCAUGUCACCUACUCAGUACCUUGUGACAGUGGAGUUGCCAGUGAUGAAAGACAAAUGUUACAAAGCCUGUGUGAUCUUCUUUUGGACUUUGGAUCUGAAGUUGGAUUCAAAGACAUCGUAAAGCGUCAGCUAAUUCUUACCAAUCACUCUGGAAUCAGUGCUCCAUUCAAACUAGAAGCUGAGUAUUUUACUGGCUAUUCACUUACUCCAGAACAAAGAAUGUGCCCCUCCUCAAGCCAUCUGGUGAAAACAAGAGGGCCUGUCACAAAACACGCAGCCAGAAGAGCACUGUCAGAGUUUGCAGCAGCAGUGCUGUCUCAUGGGAAGGGAGUAGCUUUCCAUAUACAACCUUCCACAGGAACUCUGAAAGCCUUCCAGCAGCUAAUCAUAGAAAUAACAGCUUACAACGACAUGUGGGGAGAGUACUGGGAUGAUCUUGUCUGUAAGGUGGGAGACUUACAACCUAAAUUAAUUCCUAUGCAAAUGACUGUGAAAGGCUGUCCAAUCUUCCUGCAGAUGACAGGACCACAAACAGAGCAACCCAUAAUCAGGUUUGGCACUCAUGUCUCUGGAGGGUGUCCUGUCUUUCGGAGGGUCCGGCUCAACAAUCCCACUCCCUUUGACAUCCGCCUGGACUGGGAAAUCUACAACCUAGAGCAAGACGAUAAGAAGCUGGUGGACCUGUUGAUGUUCUUUGGAGACCCUUUUCCUCCAAAGGCCAUGGAUGAAAAUGAGACUGCAUCAAUUGGUAGCAAUUCAGAGUCAGAGAUCCAGUCUUCAGCCACCGACAGCAAAGAGGAGGAAAUCAUCACUCAAGAACCUACAAUACAGAAAAUUGUCUCUGUACUUAUACGACCUCAUGAAGGGGUUCCUGCAGACAGCCCCUACUCCAUUACUCCAAGACAGAUUGUGGUUCCAGGAGGUGGCAGCAUCUCCGUUUGCAUCUCCUUCACCCCACGCCUCCUGCCAGAGGCCGUGCCUGAAGUGCAGUGUGAAGGGUUUGUGCUGGGUUUCAUGAGCCUAGACGACGAGCUUGCAAAGACAGUGCCUCACAAGGUGCAUCGCAGACAUGGCUAUGAAGCCCCACCGUUACGCAUAGACUUGCAAGCUUUUGUAAGGCGUCCUCUGUUAAAAGUAGACAUGGAUCAUGACGGAGGAAUGGUGUUUUAUUCAAUGGCAAGUGAUCUCAUACCAGCUCAGCCUCUGUUAGGAGUUUUGACAGAUUCGGUAAUGACUCAGAAAUUGAAACUCAUCAAUUGCACUAAGGUUCCUCUGUACUUCAGGCUCCGUCUGUCUACGCCCUUCAGUCUGUCCAGCACAGGUCCCCAAAAGAACACCAAAACAUCCCACAGCAAGAAGGAGGAAAAUGAACAGCAACCGCAACUUGUACUUUAUCCACAGCAAAACAUGCUGGUGAAAGUGUCAUUCCACACAACUCUGGAGUUACUUACCUAUCAACAUUUGCCAGAUACCCAGCUGCUUCCUGGAUUCCAAGUGCUCCAGUUUGAGAACGGAGAGAGAAAGCUGAAGUUUAAUCAAAAUCUGGUCAUUGAAUAUAGUAACCGCAAUACCCAGCUGGUCCCAGUGACCGCGUACCUCACUGUUCCGGUUCUGGAGCUCUCUUGCGACACGGUGGAUUUCAAGACCUGCUUUGUUGCACAGGCCAAGACUGAACACGUCUUCCUGUGGAACAGGAGUGGCUGUAGAAGUUACUGGGCUGCUUUGCUGGAUGACCAGGAAAGGCAUAAUGACCUGGAAGUGUUUUCUGUCUCCCCUACUAAUGGCAUUUUGGAGGCGCGUGAAGGGGACCCACCUACCAAAGAGAUUUUGCAGAUCAGCUUUACUGCAAGGAGUGACAUUGAAUAUGAAACGAUCGUGACCGUUACCGGAAUGCUGGGAGAGAAGCCGUGCAAACUACAGCUCAGGGGGCGAGGAACAUACGAUGGGAAGUAUGAAGACCCGUAUUUCAUUUAAGCAAGACAAUGUGGGACACGUCAAGGUAAUGCGUUGGAUGCAGAUGUGCCAUCAGUCGAGCCUGUAUUUUCACCUACUUCAGUUGUUUGAAUAUGGACUGGAAUUUUAGCAGAAUGAAAUUUUAAGUUAUGAGGAAAAAAAGAAAAGCUCACGGUACUUUCAAGAAAACAGUCAUAAUCUCAUUCUCUAUUAUUUUAUUGCUGUG